GAUGCGCACUGUGCGCCGGAUUGGAGACGGAACGCGCGGCGCAGACAGGGCACACAAAACAGGCACACACACCAACUUAGAUCCACACGGACGGACGGACAGACAAACGACGGACUCAUAGUGUAUGAUCCUCCCUGUGUGAGAAGGAGAUGGAGUUAAAAUAGGGGCACUGGACUGAAUGUUAGAGACUGUCGCUGUGGAUUUUCUCAACUUCGCGCCUCGACACUCAGAAGAGAAAAUGUGGAGAUACACCAAUUUGUUCGCCUGUCUGCUGGUUUUGUGUAAAGACGCGUCUUCACAGAGCAAGAUCUUUGGGGAGACUGAGCCUGUUCGGAUGACGUCAGAGGGUUCAGACUGCCGCUGUAAGUGCAUCAUGCGCCCUCUAAGUAAAGAUGCAUGCCUGCGGCUGCGGAGUGGCAGUGUACGUGUGGAAGAUUUCUACACGGUGGAGACAGUCAGCUCUGGAUCCGACUGUAAGUGCUCGUGCACGGCCCCGCCGUCCUCCCUCAAUCCCUGUGAGAAUGAGUGGAAGAUGGAGAAGCUGAAGAAACAGGCCCCUGAGUUACUAAAGCUCCAAUCUAUGGUGGACCUCCUUGAGGGAACACUUUACAGCAUGGAUCUAAUGAAAGUCCACUCCUACAUCAACAAGGUGGUCUCUCAGAUGAACACCCUGGAAGAGACAAUCAAGACAAACCUUACACGAGAGAAUGACUUUGUUCGGGACAGCAUGACGAGCCUGACCAACCAGUUUAAGAGAUAUGAGAAUUACUCCAACAUUAUGAUGAGCAUCAAGAAGGAGAUUUCCAGCCUCAGCCUGCAGCUGCUGCAGAAAGACUCCUCUGAGAGCAAAGCACAGGACACUAAUGGAGAGAAGACCAAGGAGGCUGUAAAAAUACCCAACAAAAAGAUCCCUGGAGCCAAACCCCCACCCAAACCACCCAAAGAAAAGGUCGUAAAGCCCAAGAAAGAGGUCAUUAAACCUGGGAAGCCGCUCAAGCCUGACCCUACGGCCAAAGCCAAGGUGGUUGGCAACCAGCCUGGCGUGGUGAGGGGCAUCACAUACUACAAGGCUGCCAAGAACGAUGAGGAUGAGCACAGAGGAGACCAUUCUGCCAAAACGUACACGGUCCAUCAUAUCACAGAAAACCAGUCAGAGGAGGGAGGAGCUGAAAUCGUCCUGGAAACCGUGGAGGCCACUGUGGCUGAACCCAUUGCCACCACUGCAGUUCCCACCACUACAACUACUGCCACCACCACCACCACAACUACUACCAGCACCACCACACCCACUACUAUCACCACACAAAGUAUGCCAGCUUCUGAAAGACCAGCUCCAACCAUUGUGCUGGUUCUGGACAAUUCCAACAACAACAGUCGGCCCACACUCCACAGAGCAGGGAAGAUCCUCAACUGUGAGGGGACUGUAGCAUCCAUUGAGCAGCCAGAGAAGCAGCACAGUUAUGGGCGCAACGAGGGAGCCUGGAUGAAGGAUCCACUGGCUAAAGACUCCAAGAUCUAUGUAACUAACUAUUACUACGGCAACAACCUGGUGGAGUUCCGCAACCUGGACAACUUCAAGCAAGGCCGAUGGAGCAACCUCUUCAAACUACCUUACAACUGGAUAGGCACCGGUCAUGUGGUUUAUAAUGGAGCCUUCUACUACAACAGAGCCUUCACCAAGAACAUAAUCAAGUAUGAUCUGAGAAUGCGAUACGUGGCAGCCUGGACGCUGCUGCAUGACGUGGUUUACGAGGACACCACCCCCUGGAAAUGGAGGGGCCACUCGGACAUUGACUUUGCAGUGGACGAAAGCGGCCUGUGGGUGAUCUACCCCUCUGUGGACUACGAUUACAACCAGCAGGAGAUGAUCAUCAUCAGUAAACUGGAUCCCGGAGACCUGACAUUGAAAAAGGAAACAACCUGGAGGACAGGUCUCAAGCGGAACUCCUACGGGAACUGCUUCAUCAUCUGUGGUGUGUUAUACGCCGUCAAUGUCUACAACCAAAAGGAAGGUGAAGUGAACUAUGCUUAUGACACGCACACCAACACUGAAGCCAUCCCACGCCUGCCCUUCACCAACGAGUACGCCUUCACAACCCAGAUUGACUACAAUCCCAAGGAGAAGGUUCUGUACGCCUGGGACAAUGGCCAUCAGCUCACAUAUCGGAUUAACUUUGUCGACCAGUGAGCACAGCUCACAGCAGGACUGCCAGUGUGGCACUUUAAUAGAAAGAAGAAGCUCCUUAUUUGACAGCCUUGAAGCAGCCAUAUUGGACUCAACAGGACAAAGGAUGGACCUACACCAGCCUUCUAUUACCAAUGCAUGCGAUUCAAACAUCUGACCUCACAGUGUACCAAACAUACAUGCCUCAAAUGUGUAUUAGGAUGUUACUGUUACUGUCAGUAGAAUGGACAGUGGACAGGGGGAAAUAAUCUCAUAGGUUGAGUUAAAGCUCAUCAGGCAGAGCUUUAGAAAGUGGAGAGUGUUCUUUUACAAAAUGUCAGCAGGCUGGCUAACGAGCAGACACAUAGAUGGCUAUAAAUGGUAAGUUUAAAUUAGAGACAGCAUUUGUAACAGAUUUAUCACUAGAUGUAAUUUUGGUAGUUUCUGAGGCCUGAAAAGCCAAAUCUGGGCAGAGACAUGAGCAGUGGCUGAGUGAGAUGGGCUCACAUCAGCCAAGCAGAUACUUUCCCAACUAGACUAGAUCUAGAGUCUAGUUGGGAAACUAGACUCUAGAUCCCACUAAAUCCUACACAUGGGUCUUUUAAAUUAUUGCUUCAGAUAAGCAGAUGAAGCUCUUAAGACAUAUCCUGUAUGGCACUAUAACAACCCCUAUAGUUGGAGGAAUCAUUACAGUGACCAAUAUAAUUCCGUAAACGUACACUUGGGCAUGCAAGCAUUGUAUUAAAACAGAGGUUCACCUAGAAAUUUGUACAGUACAACUUGUACAGUGUGAUGUAGAAACUUGAAGCCAUCAGUGCACAUCCACUGAGAAUGGACUUUACAGAAGUAGGAGACAUCUUGUGGUCCAGCAGGAAAACUUUAGAAAUGAAAAACAUUUGCAUAUUCAGAGAUUUUAAUGUGGAAAUAGUAGGACUUUUUAUAUGUGUCUUAUGCAUGUCUGGAGGGGAUCUUUAGGUUUUAGGUUAAGAUGAUCAAACUAGCAUGACUAGAUUUAGCAACCAUCACCAGGCUUUCUAAUCUUAGGUACCUCCACUUUUAUCUUUUGCCUUUUAAGUGCUUCAAAUAUUUUCACACAGCUAGUGUUAUUUAGCCCCGCCCCCAACAUUUAACUCAACCAGUGAGAUUAUUUCUGCCUCCAGAGUAGUGAGAAAUGUUUGUAAAACUAAACUGUCAGCUAAGUAUGGCCCAUCUACUCCAUCCUAUCACCAAGCACUUUGAUCAUAAAUCUGCUUUGAUUAUUAUUCCGGCCUCAUGAUGCUUCCUGUCUCUUUACCAUUGAUGUCGUUUUGAGGGAUAUGUUGAACAUAAUAUGAACUCCAAAAAGAAGAUUUUUUUAUAUAUAUAUGUACAUGAAUUCAUUUUACAUUAUCAUACAGCGUUUUUUCUAAUUUCCUGCAUCUUGUUAAAUCUUUAUGUUGUUGAAGAAAAGUAUGCAGCUUUUGUAUUGUUAAUAACAUUUCCAAAACCACUACAUUUGUUGUAAUUAUGAAGUAUUUAAACAUUUUCACCUCAAUGCAAAUUAACAGCCGUGGUUAGUCAUGCUAAUAUAACCUUUAGCUGUGCCAUCUUCAAUAACGGACGCCACAAACCAUGAAUGUUUUUAUGUUUGACAAUGACUGACAGUACUGUGUGAGGCACAUAAUGGCAAUGGUAAGCUUUAAGACUCACUUUUUAGUGUUGUUUUGGUCUUGUUAACCAUAUUUUCACAACCACAUUAUUUUUGCCUUUUCUUGAAUUAUCAGGAGUGUUUUGUUAAGUUUAUUCAUAAAAGGCAUGCUGAUUGUAAUAAAAUAAUUUGCAAUUGCAAGGUCUUCAUACAUAAAUAAUAAUGCCAUUAAAUGUAACACAACACUUGAAACCAGCUGUGUAUGUCUGUGCUAUGAAAUAAAAUUUCCAUUAUAAAAGUC